AUGCUCUCCUCAACUAAACGCAGCGAGUUAAUUUUCUUUGUUAACGGGAAAAGGAUAACAGAAAAUAAUGCAGACCCUGAGGAGAUGCUCCUUGGCUAUCUCAGAAGGAAAGUUGGUCUCACAGGGACAAAGUAUGGCUGUGGAGGAGGAGCGUGUGGAGCGUGCACCGUAAUGCUGUCCAAAUACGACCCUCUCCUGGACUGCGUGCGUCACUACACGGUGGUCGCCUGUCUUCAGCCCAUCUGUGCGCUGCACGGCACCUCCGUGGUGACUGUGGAGGGCAUCGGCAGCACCAAGACCAAACUUCACCCUGUCCAGGAGCGCAUAGCGAAGGCUCAUGGUUCUCAGUGUGGCUUCUGCACCCCUGGUAUGGUGAUGUCCAUGUACACUCUACUGAGGAACAAGCCCCAGCCCACCAUGGAGGACAUCACAGAGGCACUGGCUGGGAACAUUUGCCGUUGCACAGGCUAUAGGCCCAUCAUCGAUGGGUUCAAGACCUUCUGUGGCGCCACUGACUGCUGUCAAAAUGGAGGUGGAGAGGAGAGGUGUUGUCGAAGUAAUGGACCCUCAAACACAAAUGGAUGUAAAGAUACUUCUGAGGAGCUCUGUGACAUGGAGAAUGUCUUACCACUGGACCCAACUCAGGAUCUCAUAUUUCCACCUGAACUUAUGCUGAUGGGGAAAAGUCACGAGACCCACCGCUUAUGCUUCAAAGGGGAAAGAGUGAAGUGGAUUUCAGUGGAGGAGCUGGAUGAUCUGCUAGAACUGAAAGCUGAACAUCCUGAUGCUAGACUGAUCGUUGGAAACACUACUGUGGGACCCAAGAUGGUGCUGAAGGAUGCACACCACCCAUUGAUUAUCUAUGCUGGAGGGAUUUCAGAGCUGAGGACAAUUCAGUGGACUGACCAAGGUGUGACUGUAGGUGCUGCGUGCACUCUGUCCGUGCUGAAGGAGACUCUCGAGGGGGCUGAGCGGCAGCUGGGGCCAGAGAGGAGCAGAGUGGCCCAGGCCUUAGUGACCACGCUACGGUGCCUGGCCAGCAAGCAGAUCCGCAACAUGGCCACUAUUGGGGGAAACAUCCUAAGUGCCGACCCUAAAUAUGACCUGAACAGCAUCCUGGCAGCAGCAGGGUGCACUCUCAAGGUCAUCUCAAAAGAUGGGACACGACAGAUCCCGCUGGAUGAAAACUUCUUUGCCGGGUUUGGCAAGACAAUCCUAAAGCCCAGUGAGAUUCUUCAGUCUGUGCACAUUCCCUUCACUGGACCUUGGGAGUUUGUGUGUGCCUUCCGUCAGGCCCAGCGGAGAGAGUUUGCCUUCUCCACGGUGAACGCUGGCAUGAAGGUGACCCUGAAGGAGGGCACCGACGAGGUGGAGUCCCUGCAGGUGUUCUACGGAGGGAUGGGCCCCACGCUGGUCAAAGCCAGACACACCUGCUCAGAGCUCACAGGACGGCCCUGGAGAGAGGAGCUACUGGAGGAUGCCCUGGUGCUUCUGCGGGAGGAGAUGGAUCUGUCCCAGGGAGCCCAUGGAGGGCGGGAGGAGUACCGCGAGACCCUGGCACUCAGCUUCUUCUUCAAGUUCUACAUGCACGUCCUGCAGGAGCUCAGGGAGAAGGAUCUGUGUAUCAGUGACAUACCACUGGAUCACCUCAGCGCUCUGAAGCCCUUCAGCAAUGACGCUCCACAGGGACAGCUCUCUUACCAGCUAGUUACUGAGGCCCAGUCCUCCAAGGAUCCAGUGGGACGGCCCAGAAUGCACCAGGCUUCGUACCAGCAGGCCACGGGUGAAGCACAGUACUACGAUGAUAUACCACCUGUCAGAGGAGAGCUCUUUGUUUCUAUGGUGACCAGCACGAGAGCUCAUGCCAAGAUUCUUUCCAUUGACGCCUCAGAGGCUCUUGCUAUGCCAGGGGUCGUAACCUUCGUCUGCUCCGCCGAUGUCCCUGGCCAGAACCGAAGGCUGUGGUUCAACAACGUUGAGGAAUUAUUCGCUGAAGAGGAGGUGAUGUGUGUGGGUCAGAUAAUUGGUGCAGUGGUGGCUGAGACUCGCGAGCUGGCCAAGAGGGCAGCAGGGAGGGUCAAGCUGACGUAUGAGGAACUGCUCCCUGUGUUCUUCACCAUACAGGAGGCCAUAGAGCAUGAGUCUUUCUUCAACCCCAAGAGGAAACUGGAGCGAGGCGAUGUGGACAAGGUCUUUGAGGAAGUGGACUGCAUCUUAGAAGGUGAGAUGUACAUGGGCGGUCAGGAGCACUUCUACCUGGAGACCCAGGGGGUGAUCGCCGUGCCGCGGCCGGAGGCGGGCGAGAUGGAGCUGUUUGUGGCCAGCCAGCACGCUGCGUACACUCAGGAAGUGGUGGGCACCACUCUGGGCAUUGAUGCCAAUAAAAUCACCUGCCAUGUGAAGAGGCUUGGGGGAGGCUUUGGGGGGAAAGUCAUGAAGAUCGCCUCCCUAUCAGCCAUCGCAGCUACAGCUGCACACAAGACUGGACGAGCAGUUAGAUGCGUCUUAGAUCGGGGUGAUGACAUGCUGAUCACUAGUGGAAGACAUCCGUUCCUGGGGAAGUAUAAGGUUGGCUUUAUGAAAGAUGGGACAGUUAUGGCAGUGGACAUGGCGUACUACAGCAAUGGUGGAUGUACACUGGACGAGUCCUCAUUUAUCAUGGAGAAAGCUCUCCUUCACAUGGACAACGGCUACCGGAUCCCCCACAUGCGUGGACGCGGCCUGGUGUGUAGGACCUACCUGCCCUCCUACACGGCCUUCCGCGGUUUCGGCGGGCCGCAGGGACUGACCAUGAUCGAGAGCGUCCUGCAGGAAGUGGCCACACACUGCGGUCUGUCCGCUGAGAGGGUGCGGCAAUUGAACAUGUACAGAGAUGAGGAGUCCCUCACCCACCAUGGGCAGCUCUUCAGCCCCGGCGCCAUGCUCCGCUGCUGGGAGGAGUGUCUGGACAAGGCCCAGUACCACACACGGAGGCAGGCCAUCCAGCUCUUCAACGCCCACAACUACUGGAGGAAGAGAGGAAUCUGUGCUGUGCCCCUCAAGUUCGGCAUCGGCUUCUCCAAGGGCUUCUACAACCAGGGUGCGGCCCUGGUGAACAUCUACAAAGACGGCUCUGUGCUGGUGUCUCACGGAGGGACGGAGAUGGGGCAGGGCAUCAACACCAAAGCCAUACAGAUUGCUAGCCGCAUUUUGAAGGUGCCCAUGUCGCUGGUCCACAUUAAGGAGACGUGCACGGGGAAUGUGCCCAACGCUGCCCCCUCAGCAGCCUCCUUUGGCACCGACGCAGUGGGCAUGGCAGUAAAGGAUGCUUGUGAGAAAUUAAUGAAUCGCCUGGAGCCAGUGAUGCAAAAACAUCCAAACUACUCUUGGCCUCAGCUGAUUGUUGAAGCAUACUGCCAGAAGAUUAGCCUCUCUACCACUGGCUUCUUCAUGGGUCCCCACACUAACGUGGACUGGGAGAAAGGUGAGGGGAACGCCUACUACUAUUUCACCUUUGGGGCCUGCUGCUCCGAGGUGGAGAUCGACUGCCUUACAGGAGACCAUAAGAACAUCAGGACUGAUAUUGUAAUGGAUGUUGGACAGAGCCUGAACCCAGCUCUGGAUAUUGGACAGACGGAGGGAGGCUUUGUGCAGGGCGUGGGCCUCUACACCAUCGAGGAGCUGCGCUUCUCCCCGGAGGGGGUUCUGCUGACCCGCGGGCCGGCGCAGUACAAAGUGCCGGCGCUCUCUGAUGUCCCCACGCAGCUCAACGUCCACCUGCUGCCUGACUCUCAUAACCCCCACGCCAUCUACUCAUCCAAGGGGAUUGGCGAGCCGCCCGUGUUCUUUGGCUGCACCCUCUUCUUUGCCAUAAAGGAGGCCAUCGCGGCUGCCCGCAGCGAGCGAGGCCUGAGUGACUGCUUCUCCUUGAGCUCCCCCGCCACCGCAGAGAAGAUACGCAUGGCCUGUGAGGACCACUUCACCAAGAUGGCCCCCUCUGCACAGAAAGGACCCCGCCGACCGUGGAAAAUCAAUGUUUGAGCCCAUGAGGACAUCAGAAGUAACUCACUCACAAGAAGAGAAGAGAAGAGAAGAGGAGGGUAAAAAACUUAACAGGGUUUAAAUUAUGUAGUCAAUAGGUUCAGUGGCUUCUACCAUCAUUGUGCAUGCUGCCACAGCUAAGAUGGCCUGGCAUGCCUCGCGUGAC